AUGGGGAUCAGUUUUUGUCCGGUCAAGGAGUUUCGUUGCAGGAACCUCCUCACGUGGACGGCCGCCAUUGCUGCCUGUUCACGGGUGCAGCCUCCCCGGGCUCGCGAGGCGGAGAGGGCCUACCAGUCAAUGCUUCAGCAGUCGCUGCAGCCAGACGAGGUCCUCUUGCGGCGGCUGGAGCAG